UCCCCAUCUCACUCUAUCUCUCUCCUAAUGGAGAACUCCAGUAACUGGAGAGGAGCUAAAUUCCCGUAAUAGAUUCAUUAUUUUUUGCUUUUGAUCUUUGUUAAAAGAUGACACGUGUAUAAAAACGUGUAGAAAGGAAUUUUUUAGAGGAAAAAACUUCGUUCGAGGGUUUGACACUCUCCCUGAGUUGCCCGCUCCGUCGUCUCACAGUCUCACGGCGGCCGGCGCAUCUCUCUUCUCUUCGCUCUUGCCCCGCACUCUCUCAGCUUGCCUCUCUUCGGUUCGAUUCCCAGCAUUUCACCCCAGCAUCCAGUCGUUCCAGCAGUCUUCCUGCCUCAGGCUUUCUGCCGUUCAAUAUGGUUUGUACUUUUGUAAUUUUCUUCAUCGGCUUCUUUAUACAUUCAUCGGGCUUUCAGCACUUUUCCCGUUUUAUUUUUUUAAAUCUAUUUAAUUGAUUAUUGUUUAUUGUUAAAAUUCAGAUCUUAGAUCGCUGAUUAGUGUAGAAUUUCAUAACCGUGUGAACCUUUGAAUAAUUGAUCAUGUAUUAAUGUUUGACUAUAUACGAAGGUAUUUGAUUCUGUGAAAUUCAUUUUUGAGACCUAAAUAAUGUUCUAUUGGGGAAUAUAUAUUUUGACAUUUUGUUGAUUCUGGAGAUAAUUUUUUAAACCACCUAGCACCUUCCAAUUGCUUAAAAUGAAAUGUUAAUCAUUGCAGAAGGAGAAAUGCAUAGAAGUGAUAUACAAUGUAUUAGGAAAAUUCGAAAGAUGUGAUUAGAUGAGCAAAUAGGGCAGAAUUUGAGAAGACUAAACCAGUCUUUUUCAAUUCAGAGUUAGAAGAUUGACCUUUAUUAGUUGAUUACUGCUCCUCAAUGCCUUUUGUGCUAAAACCAAAACAAACAAAUAACUUGAUUAAAGUACCGUAUUUGGUUACUCUAUGAAAAAGAGUUGUCAUUCAAUAAAUAUAGCUUAUAUUUCAUACUCCGUAUAUAUAUUCUUUCUUACUAUAUGUUAACUGCCCUUAUAUUAUUUAUAAGGUGGAGCCUCAAUUUGAUAUCUAAAACAGGGCCUUUCAAAUUUACAAGAAGGCUCUUUAUUAGUUUUCAUGAGUGUCUUCAUCAUUUGGCGCCUCCAAUUAUAUUGGCUUUGGCUUGGUUUCAAGAUUAUGGUUGAGCUAGAGUACAACGGAAUGCUUUGUGCACCACGAUUUCUCUGUAUAAUAACAUUGAUUACAAUACAUACGUUUCUAAUAAAACUGUAAAGUUAAAGCGAUGACAUUUGGACAUGAGAUUUCUGUUGUGGAUCAACACUAGAAACUUUACCAAACUUAUCUUAUUAUUAAUGCAAUGGUUUCACAUGUCUAUGCUAACUUCAAUGUUCAAGAAUCAAUUGAAAAUCAAAAGAAGUGAAAACUUCUAAAAAGGCAAAGUCUGAUGCAAAUAGACGGAAGAGGAAAAAAUGUUACUCUAACAAAAGAGAGGUCUAAGACCGGGCUGGACUUCACCAAGGUAGAUCAUCCCAUAAUCAAGAUGAUUGAUGGAAAGAAAAUUGGUGUAGGGAAUACCAAGAGGGCACAAUGUAAGUAUUACCCUACCCACCUUGCUUGUCAUUCUACUAACAAUGGAACUAGUAGUCUUAGAAAACUCAUUGAGCAAGUUUGCCUAGGAUACGGAUGGAGGACAUAUUUGAGUAAGGGUUAGACCCAUUUAUACUUUGAUGGGUCUGAUGAAGAUGUUUUAAACUGGCCUCAAGAAAAUUGUGUCAUUGCUGCUACUGAGAUGAUUUGUGAUUGAUGAGCUACCCUUUAAUGCCAUCGAAAGGCCUGGAUUUAAAAGGUUUUGCAGAGUAGCUAUCCCUAAAUUUGUCAUUCCGUGUAAGAAAACCAUUGUAAAAACUUUUUUAAGGAUGUACGAUGCAAAAAAGGCAGAAAAAGAAGGAGCUAAGGAACCAUUGUGUGUGUGUUUGAUAACUGAUACAUGGACAUCAAUUCAGAACAUAAACUACAUGGUUAUUACGGAUCCAUUCAUUGAUAAUGGUUGAAGAAUGCAUAAGAGAGUGCUUAACUUUUGUCUCAUUCCUAACCAUCAAGGACAAACGAUAGGUAAGAUUCUGGAAUGUUGUUUAUUGCAGUGGCGAAUCAAGAGGGUCUUGACUAUUACAGUAGAUAAUGCGUCAGCUAACAAGGUAACAUUUGAUUACAUUCAAAAGAAGUUGUCUAAUAUUGAUCCAUAACAAUUAUUUGGAGGAAUGUUUCUACGUGUGAGGUGCUUAGCUCAUAUUAUAAACCUGAUUGUUAAGUCCGGUUUGCAUAUGUUAUACAAAUCUAUAGCUAACAUUAGAAAUGAAGUUAGAUAUGUUAGAAGCUCUCCAGCUACACUGGAACAUCAAUAAAAUGAAAACCUAAAUGGAAACCUAAACAUCAAUAAAGUGUGUGUUAGACGUUCCAACAAAAUGGAAUUCCACAUACGUCAUGUUGGAUACUGCAUUGCUGGUGAAAACGGGAUUUAAAAGGAUGGCUAAAGAGGAGGAUGUGAGGUGGAGUUACUUUGAUGAGAAUGAAUAUGUAGGUGAGGAAGACAAAGAGUAUGUACUUGAAUCACCAUGAUGAAGGAUAGGUCCACUGGCUGAAUCAGAUUGGGCCAAAGCUGUUGUCUUUGUGAAGUUUUUGAAAAUAUUGUUUGAUGUAACAGUGAUGGUGAGUGCAACAAACCGCCCCACUUCGUCCAAAGCCUUCCAUCACAUGAUUAUGAUUGAGUCAGAGAUUGAGGACUUGUUUAAGCAUCACUAUUCACCCAAUCGGGAUGGAGGUGAAGGUCAAAGUGAAGGUGAAGCCUAACUUUGGAUCCAAGGUAUAAAUUGUUAAACUUUGAAUGAAUAUAUGAAAAGAUUCUGAACUUGGGUAAGGAAAUGGUGGGAAAAAAGUUGGAGAAGUGAAAGAAUUGUUGACAUUUGAUAUAUACGCUUCAAAAUUUGGUACUCAAAGUGGUAAAAAAGGAGUCGAAGUGGUAGAGCAAACUACCGAUAGUAGCAAUAACGAUCAUCUCUCAAUUGGUGUUAGUGGAAAGAUGGCUGAACUUUUUGAGAAUUGGGAUAGUGAGUUGGUAGAGGGAGACACAAUUGUUAUAGGCAAUGAAGUAGAUAAGUAUCUCCUUGACCCCAUUGAAAAGCCUCAUAAAGGAGUUGAUUUUGACAUAUUGACUUGGUGGAAGAUUAUGGAAGCAAGUACCCUAAUCUGCAGUUAGUCGCCAAUGAUGUCCUAGCGAUUCAGGUUUCCACAAUAGCCUCUGAAUCAUGUUUGAGCACUAGAAAGAGGGUUAUAGAUCUACAUCGAAGCUUGUUAACUCCUAGAACCGUGGAGGCUCUAAUUUGCCUCCAGAAUUGGCUAAAGUCUGACAGUAUUCAGGGGCUAGAGUACAUUCCUACACCUGGGGAAAUGACGUGGCUUGAAAUGGUUGAGAAAGAACAUGCGAAUGACGAAAGGGAAAAAAAGUGUGAUGCAGAAAAGGCAAUAAUUGCCUCAAAGCUCUCGAAAGUCCAGAAAGUGUAGAGAUAUGGUGUGGGAAGACUAACCAAGAUAUGAUAUACUUUUUUUGAAAUUGUCAAGCUGAAGCUGAGUAUGUGGCAGCCUCAGCAGCCGUCAAUCAAGCAAUAUGGCUCAGGAAAAUAUUGGCAGAUUUAAGCUACAAACAAGAUGAAGCUACUGAGAUCUUAGUUGAUAACAAGCUGAAGAAGAGAAAUCCAAUACUGUUGUAGGUGAACUACAAAAUGGACUGCAGACUGAUCCUGUAAUGAAUGUAGUCGCCGAGUUGAAGGGGGGUACCGAAGAAGAACACAUGUAUGAGGACUGUCCCACUCCCACAGAUCUUUUGAUCUCCUUAAAUGAGGUGGGAGAUGACAAGUACCCUACUUUAACACCCCACGGCCCACACUCCAUUUGAAAACUUGGAGUGGGAUGGCCUUGGUGAUGAUGUGGUAACUGCCGGUGUAGACAUGAUGGCCCUCGAAGAAGCUAGUAUGAAAGAAGUGAGAAAGAGAAAGAUGUUGCCAUCAAAGUACAUUUACAGCCCAGUCAUAGCGCCUGCCGCAAAGAGGCCGAAGGUUGGAGGUACCAUAAGCCCAACUCUACUUUAAAUAAGUGAUGAAGAAUGUGAAUCCUUCAAAGCAUGGGUGGAGGAAGAUGCUGAGCUUGAACCGUGCGUACUUGAGAUUGCUAUCCCAUCAUCUUACCCGACAAAUAGGGCCUUCUUCCGAGAGCUGAUUGAUGAAACCGCAUGGCUAAGUCGCCAGCAUUUGGAUGCACUUGUUCUUCUAUUUCGCAAAUGCAUAUACGCUGAGGCCUACCAAAUCAUGAGUCCUUUGUUCGCGUACCAACUUUUACAGAAGGAUAUAGUUGACGAUUCACAAUGAAGUGGGGACCGAUUGCUUAGCAGAAUGGACUGGACGCAGUUUGAAAAGGUGUUCAUGCCAUUGCAUAGUGAUGGAAAACACUGGGUGUUGUCUGAAAUUGACUUACUCAAUAAGGUCAUACGGGUAUACGAUUCUAUGAAGACGCGUAGAUUAGUUGGAUCUGUGAGACUUUUGUGUAUGAGACUUCCACUGCUGUUUAAAAAUAUAAAAUGCAACCCCGCUCUUAGCGCCACAGCAGAUUCACACCCUUGGAGAGUGGAGGCAGUGGACAAUGUUCCACAACAGCAACCCGGAUCCGGUGUUUGCGCCGUCAUGGUUAUGGCCUUUGCCGAAGCACUCUUGCAGAAGUUGCCAUUGCUGCCCGAGUGUGCGUAUGAGAACAUGGCAGCAAAAAGAUGUGAAUUCACAAUGAGGUUGUGGAGUUUGAGGAAGCGAUCGAGUUAGACAAGAUUAUUGGAGGAUGAGUUUGGUUGUAAAACAUUUAUGUAACGUUACUAUAUACUCCCUCCAUCCCUAUUAUAUCUUCUAAAUAGGUUUGGCACACAGUUUAAGAUAGUGAGUAUUGUGUGGUGGAGAGUUGUGCAGAGGAGGGACUAUGGAGAAAUGUGUUAAGAAUUGUAUGAACCAUAAAUUCUGGCCAAAAAAGGAAAGUUGGAAGUUUAUUUAGGGAGGGAGUACAUUUUAUUUUGCUCAUUGUUUGCCUACAUGGAUUUGGUUGUUAAAUGUAGGAGGUUGUACAAUGUUACACUAUCAAUGUUGUACAAUGUCCUAGAAUGUACUCCCAAGGAUUACCAGAAUUGGUGGCAUACACUCUUGGUUUUUGUGACAAUAUAUACAGAUGAUGCAUUUGCUUGUGAAGAAGAAAAACC